CUCAUCCGCGAGCCGCCGUCGCUCAACCUUCCGCGUCUAACUUCACGUACACACUUGCACACUUACGCACUGCACUGCACUCGCGUGUACUUCACUUGCACACUUACGCACUGCACUGCACUCGCGUGUACUUCACUUGCACACUUACGCACUGCACUGAGUGAGGUGCGACCGACGCUGUUGUUGCCGCCACCGCCGCGGCCGUCUUUGUCUCUCUCGGGGAGCAGCUUUCGUGAGCGCACCAAGAAUAGUCUACGAGGAAACAUCAUGGCGCAGUGGAACAAGCUCCAGCAGCUGGACAUGAAGUACUUGGAGCUGUUGGACCAGCUCUACAACGAGAGCUUCCCCAUGGAGGUGCGGCAGUUUAUCGCCCCCUGGAUCGAAGGACAGGACUGGAGCCAUGCAGCGAGCGAUCCGUCGCAGGCUUCUCUGCUGCUGCAUACUCUGCUGAGCCAGCUGGACGUGCAGUAUGGACGGUUCUCCUCCGAGCACAACCUGCUUCUGCAGCACAACCUGCGCAAGAUAAAACAGAACAUUCAGGCAAAGUACCUGGAGAACCCCACCCAGAUGGCUUCCCUCAUAUCUCAGUGCCUGCAGGAGGAGCAGCACAUCUUAGAUAGAGCGAACAAGGCCCACAUGGGGGCUGAAGGUCAGCAGUAUCGACCUCAGAGCUCCAUCCAGUCUGAGAAGCAGAAGAACCUGGAACUAACCAUCGCAGAGGUCAAGAAACGCGUGCAGGUGACGGAGCAAAAUAUAAAAUCCCUGGAAAAUUGUCAGGAUGAGUUUGACUUCCGCUACAAAGACUUUCAGACCAAAGACGGUCCAGAGAGCAAUAGCGCCAGUCUCUUGUCAAAACAGCAGCCGUCGCCACAGAACGGCAAGCCCAACGGGCAGGGGGACUCCAAGAAGCAGAUGGCACGGCUGCAGGUGAUGCUGCAGAACCUGGACCAGAAUCGCAAGCAAAUCUUGCAAUCGAUGACAGAGCUGCUGGCCAUCGCCGACUAUGUCCACACCAAGCCGCUGCUGGAAGAGCUGAACGAGUGGAAGCGGAGGCAGCAGCUCGGCUGCAUCGGCGGCCCACCCAACAUCUGCCUCGACCACCUGGAGAAGUGGUACACCGAGUUGGCAGAGGCACUGCUGCAGGUGCUGAGGCAGCUCAGGAAGCUGGAGGAGCUGCAGCAGAAGGUGACCUACAAAGGGGACCCCAUUGUUUCAUACAAGGGCGACUUGGAAGAAAAGACCAGCAACCUGUUGCAGGCUCUCUUCAACAACGCCUUCGUGGUGGAAUGCCAACCGUGCAUGCCCACGCAUCCACAGAGGCCACUGGUCAUCAAGACGAGUGUGCAGUUCACCGCCAAGAUCAGGCUGCUCGUGAAGCUGUCUGAGUUGAACUACCAGUUGAAGGUUAAGGCAUCCAUUGACAAGGAUAUUGGCGAUAAGCCUCCAGUCAAGGGCUUCCGUCGCUUCAACAUCCUGGGCACCAACACCAAGGUCAUGAACAUGGAGGAGUGCAACAGUGGCAGCCUCGCGGUGGAGUUUCGCCACCUGCAAGUACGAGAACAGCGCACGCAAGCAGGAGGCAGGAACGAGGGAUCACUGAUAGUGACGGAAGAGCUCCACCUCAUCAGCUUUGAGACGCAAUUUUACCACCAGAGCCUCAAGAUGGAUCUGGAGACGACGUCUCUGCCUGUUAUUGUCAUCUCCAACGUGAGCCAACUGCCCAAUGGCUGGGCGUCCAUCCUGUGGUACAACAUGCUCACCAACGAGCAGAAGAACCUGUCCCUGUUCCUGAACCCACCGGCAGCGAGCUGGAGCCUGCUCUCCGACGUGCUCAGCUGGCAGUUCUCGUGCGUCACCUCCAGAGGCCUCAACCCCCAGCAGCUCGUCACGCUCGCCGAGAAGCUGCUCGGUCUCACUACAAACUACAAGGAGUGCCAGGUGCCCUGGGCUAAGUUCUGCAAGGAGAACAUGCCCGAGAAGCAGUUUUCGUUUUGGCUGUGGCUGGAUGGGAUCAUUGAGCUCAUAAAGAAGCACCUUCUGCCCAUCUGGAAUGAAGGGUACAUCAUGGGCUUCGUGAGCAAGGACACGGAAAAGUCCCUGCUGAAGGACCAGCUGAGCGGCACCUUCCUGCUGCGCUUCAGCGAGAGCAGUCGUGACGGUGGCAUCACCUUCACCUGGGUCGAGAAGCAGGAUGGCAUUGCCUGCGGUGAUGUUCAGAUCCACUCGGUGGAGCCGUACACCAAGCAGCAGCUAACGGCCGUGUCCUUCCCCGACAUCAUCAAUUCUUUCAAGAUCCUGAGUGACGCCAACAUUCCCGAGUGCCCCCUGAAGUUCCUCUAUCCGAACAUCGGCAAGGACCAGGCCUUCAGCAAGUACUACUCGCGCAAGGUUGAUGCCAUGGAGGAGGAUAAGAAAGAGGGCUACAUCCAGACUGUGUUCAUCCCGGUGCAUGAGUUCAGGAGGGUACCCCGUAACUCCGACAUCUUCCCCAUGUCCCCGGAGGACUUUCAGCAACUGACAGAUACCUUCCCUGACUUUGACCAGAUCAGCAUGGAGCUGUGCAGCCCACCCCAUCCUCCCCUGUGAUGGAGGAGACCCCUCUCCCAAUUGCACAAACCAGCAUCGCGCGCCGGUGGUGGGAAUGGAAGAACUGCCCUCAUUCCGAGGCAAUUGCACCAGUCCGAUGAUGACAACAAUUAACAGUCGCCCUUAAACGCUGUCCCUUAGAGACAGCCAUUCAAUGAGAAACCUGCCCCCCCCCACUCCUUUCCUGUCCACAAUUCUUGUCUUUGCUUGCCUCCGAGGUUAUAGCCUGGAAGCGUAUAUGCCAACGCGUGUUGCUGCCGCAGUAAGUACAUUUGGAUCGCUAGCUCAAAGUGUAUGAACGUUAAAGCUGGUUUUUUUUUUGUAAAAUGUUUAAAUCACCCUGAAAGUUGUUCAUGAAAUAAGCUCCUAAAAAGCUUUAUUGAUGAGGCGAAUGCCCAUUUGAGGUGACUGAUUUGGCACUUGAGAUUCUGGCUUGAGGCACUGGAGUGGAUAGGUGUGGUCUCCCUCAAAUCCCCCUACCCAGGUGAUCAUGAAAAAGGCCCAAAUUGAUGUUUGCACUUGGAACUCUCUGUGCUCUUCUCUUACCAUUUGCAGCAGGAGUAUAGACGGCCAGUGCACAAGAAUACGCUGGUAUCUGGCCCUACAGCUUACAUGUAUUAAGAGUUUGUGAGGAUUCUAAUUGGCAACGACAGGUGGGGUAAAUCCCACACUUUCUGUUCUGCAUAGCAUUACCGCAGAAACAGCUGCUGUGCUAUAAUAAUAGGUUUUUUUUACCCUUUUUUCUGGCAACCAAACUGAUACCUUUUUACAAGGAAUCAUGGUUGCAUUAACCACAAUACCUGCGGUCAGAAUGCAAAAAAAAAAGGGUAAAAAACCUAUUAUAUUUUGCUGCUGGCAAAGGAGGCCUCAUGAUGUAAAUGCUUACCCUGCACCCUCAUACUCUGAUAGUGCAUUGUCUUUUGAGUUGUGCGCCUUUUGGCGCCAUCUGGUCCAACACCAUGUGAGACUGGGUUCUUAAGAAAAAGCUGUCUCUGGUGUGGACCAAUCAAUUUCAAGGACAAUGCAUACAUUAUCAGAGUUGUUUUUUGUUUGCAUUCUGACCGCAGGUAUUGUGGUUAAUGCAAACAUGUUUCCUUGUAAAAAGGUGUCAGUUUUGUUGCCAGAAAAAAGGGAAAAAAACCUAUUAUUAUAUUUUGCUCCUGGCAAAGGAGGCCUCGUGAUGUAAAAGCUGCUGUGCUGUUCCUGGGCACUCCACUGUUAUCCAGGGCAUUGCAGGCAACCUGCAUAAUGCAGAGAACAUCACGUGUACGAGACUCACAACUUCCAGGUUACAAAUGAGCACGUAGUCAGUCGUUCAGCAAUGUGUGUAUGUACGGACGUUGAACUUAUUUCGCACCAUAUGUAGCCAACCGUAGGUAUGAGCAAGAAGGAUGCUUGAGUGAUUUCUAAAUAUAUUGAGCGAUGUAUAAUAGAUUUUUGGGUCAGAUCGAGUCAGUGGCAUGCGUUCUGUAAACCCUGCUCCAUUCGACACGGCCUGUUAAAGUUGCCACGUGAUGUGCCAAUAUAUAACCUGAGUGUUGGACAGCAAUUCACAUUUAGCUGGUAGUUCCAACCAGCUUCCAUGAAAACACAUUUUGAGUAUUACCCCUAAAAUUAGUCGUUUCUUUAGCACUUAGUUCCUCCCCUCCCCCCAACCCAACAUUCUUAGUCAAUAAGGAAUUUGGUCAGUGUUCCAAGCAAGAACCUCCUGACAAAUAUGCACUGAGGCACCACGGUGGUGAGAUGCUAACUUACCUUGCCUGGUAUGCAGGAGUUUUUGGGUUCGAUCCCGUCCCCAAUGUCUGUGUAUUUGGGGUUUGCAUGUUCUCCCCAUGGUUGCGUGGAUUCUUCUCCAGUUCCUCCGGUUUUCCCGCCGUAUUUGGCUGCUUAAAAUUUUCACAAAGGCCACUGCAUUAAAUAUAUUAUUUGUGGCCACGACGCUUCUGAAAAAAGUUCCUAGUUGAAGGACAUUGUUGUUUUUAUUAAUAUUAGUAGGGACUCCAAUUGAGGGAAAGCCUUGGGCUGUAACAUUUGCACACUGAAAAAAACAAUUGUAAAUACAUUAGCAAUCAUUACAAUUCGUGAAUGUCAAUGACUUCCAAACUUAUUGCUUCUGCUGCAAUUAUUUUAAUGGAUAUGCGUUUCUUUUUUGAAGCACCUAUAUAUUUGUCUUUGUAAUGUUUAAAUAUCGUGCAUAUGCUUUUUGUCUAAAGUAACAUUACUAUAGUAUACCUGUUUUUGGAAUUUCAGUCUGAUAUUAUUCUUGCAACAUAUGUAUAUAUGCGUAACAUUAAGUAAUGGGAUGCAUGUUCGAUAGUGGUUCAGGAAAGUAGUCGACACUGCUUGUUCCAUUAAAUAACUUUAUUGAAACAAAGCCUUUUUUGUACACAAGCACUCGGGCACUUAGAUACAUACGCGAACACACAAACAACAGUUGUCCGUUUAACAUUUUGCUUCAUGUCAACUUUACUUCAAAGUACUGCACCUCAAACUGCACUUAAUGGGAUUGCAAAUAACACCAAGACGAACAAAGCGGUGUCCGUGAUUCUGCUAUCAAUCAUCAAAUAAAGUUGCCCACAAGUCU